AUGGCCAGGCAAGAGGCGGCGGUGACUUGCCGGGGCGCUGGAGCUGCCCUGGCUGCGGGGCCGGAGGGCCGAGGCAGGAGCACUGGCAUCACACCGGUACAGAAGGCCAAGCACAGCCAGCGUGCCCAGGAGCUGCGCAACUUCAUUGCCCUGCAAGAGCAAGGGAGGAAGCUGCUCACACAGAUGUGUGAGGAGAAGCUCCGCCAGAGGAGAGAGCUGCUCCCCGGCUUGCGUGAGGCGCUGCAGGACGACGCCCAUGCCCUGGCCGUGCUCCAGAAGAGCAAGAACCUCUCCAGCUUCGGGGCUCGUGGACCGCAGAAUCUCCUGGACGUGGCUUUGGCCAGGAAGACGGUGGAGGAGGCUGAGGAGAUGCUCCAGGCCCAAAUCCAUCACCUGGUGAGGAAAAGUGACCUGGUACUGCACGAGGUGAGGCAGCAGAGCCAAGCCCGGGACGAGCUGCAGAGGUGGCUGCAGCAGCUGCAGGAUGCCACCAAGGAGGACAAGCAGCUGCAGGCGCAGGGGCAGGUGAUUCGCCAGCUGCAAAACAAGACUGGGAAGAUGGUCACCAAAGUCCAAGCUGGACAGAGGGUGACCAGACACUACCUCACCACGCGGGAGGCCUUGAAGAGGGAGCUGGCCCACCUGCCUGCGCACCUGGAUGUGCUGUCUGAGAUUGCGGGGCUGUACCACGGGGAGCUGCAGGACACGGAAGUCUUGGCCUUGCAUGCCUGUAAAGCUGCAGGUGUCACCCAGGAGGCCUUGGACAGGAUGGAAACAGAGGUAUUUAUGGAGAGUGAGUUCAGGCAGCGCUCCCUGGCCGCCAAGAAGUUGCCAGGCACCAGACAGUGGCUCAAGGAAGCAAGAGAGAAGCGACGCAGAGGGACCAGCUUGGGCUUCCUGAACCAGGAGGAGGAGGGGGACUCGCUGGAUGCAGUCAAACUGGAGGCCGCCAAGUCCAAGAUGCAGAGCGAGGCCCUGUGGAAUGAGAAGAUGGGGCGGGCCAAGGCUGCACUGCAGUGCUCCCACCCCUGGGACAUCUCCAGCGGGCUCCUGAUGCAGCAGACGCUGUCUACGGGCAUGGAACACAUCAUCACGCAUUGUGAGGAGAAGAAGAAGGUGCUGGAGAAGAGAGUGAGGGAGCUGGAGCUGAAGCAGGCCGAGAUGAAGUUUGGCAAGCCCCCCGACACAACCAGGGGGCUGGAGGAGGAGCUGCAGGCAAACCUGCAGCAGGAAGAGGCUCGGCUAGAGCACAUGCGGUCCCAGGUGCUGAGGAACCAGGAGGUCCAGCUCCAGUUUACAAUGGGCACUGACAGCCUCUUGGCCUCUCUGCACGGCAUCACCGUGGACGGCCAGGACAGUCCGGUCAAAACCAUGGGGGUGGAGGAGAAGCUCCAGCACUGUGGGCAGAAGCUGCAGUACCUGGUGCAGCAGGUGGCCACCUCAACCCCUCCCAGCCAAAGCCCUGACGAGGAGAAAAAGGUGCGUGGGGACUCCAUCCCUGCUGUGGCCUUUGGGGACCCAGACAGGCGACUCCUGGAUAGCCGAGCCCAAGCCACCCUCCCUGCUGAGUGGUGUGAACAUUGA